GAUAGCGGCGGUGAUUUGAGGAAAAGUUUGUUCAUUUUAGAGCAGGUGAGGAUGGAUGCGGCAGUAACACAGCGACACACUGCGUCAUUUCUGCCUAAAAUUGCUCCAGACAAAAAUGAAAGGAACAAAAGUACCAUUAACAGCAGGAUGAUGGAGCCUCACCAAGCUGGUCUGGUGUCACAUAAAUGUGAUCAACUCCUCUCUAAGGCAGAAAUCUCACUGUUUAAAAACAGCAUAAUGCAAAACAUCUGUGUGGAGAUGCUGCAGGAAGGCUUCCACAGGUCGUACUCGGAGCUCUUCUUUCUGCUGAGCUAUGAUCGGCAUCGUCGAGAAUCGGCUGAACUUGGAUCUGAUCUCUCUCUACAAACGCCGCUGGAAGAACAAAAAGACAAACUGACAAUUAUGAGGAAAUACCUGAGCCGGGCCGAGCAGGCGGAAAGGACCAAUACCUGGACGGUGGUUUGUGAGCAGCGUCUGUUUUUAGGAGGGUAUUUCUCAUCCAAGGAGGAUCUCUGGAUCAGUUUCCACUUUUACCACAGCUGUGCUGAGAGAGAGCAUGGAGGACGAUCCAGACCGGCCACUGAGGCCCGGGCGUGUUUGGCCGAACUCUACCUCCAAACAGGUGAUCUGGAGCGGGCUCAGGAGCAGGCUGAGCUGUGCAUCGAUCAGGGGGAGGAGGGAGGCUGGUUGGACUCAGACGGUCGGCCCCUAAGGCUCCGGGGCCAUCUAGCACUGUGGAAGGUCUACAGCAGGAUGGCGGACUCUCUGCUGGAGGCCGAGGACUACGAAGAGGCCCUAAAGAUGCUGCACACAGGAUACAACACUGCCAUUAAGACUGAAGACAGACAGGUGGAAGUAGAGGCCGCCUACCAACUAGGACUGGCCUAUCAGAGCGCAGGAGACCACGACACAGCCAAACAGUUUUUCAACACUUGUAUGCAGAUUUACGGCACACUGGAGGACGGGGACGGUCUGGGGAGGACUUACAAAGCUAUAGCCAAGUCUCUGGAGAGUGAGGAGAAAUUAAAUGAAACAGUUCAGUGUUUGGAGACAUUAGCAGAUAUCUCUCGUGGUAACGGACUGCAGCACCACCUGGUGGACGCCUACCUGUCACUGGGCAACAUCUGCUAUAAAAGGAGUGAGUAUCAGAGAGCGUUAGAGUUUUUCCAGCAGGGUUAUGAGAUUUCCUGUGAGCUGAGAGAUGUUUCUCGGCUGGAGAGAGCUCAGGUGUUUGUCGCCACUGCUCGCGCUCGCUGUCUGAUCAGGAAGUACAGCACUGAUGUGGAAUCAGCCACGCCCACCGCCAUGAAACGUCUCCUGGCCUGGAGAGAGACCAGAGAGCCUCAGGAUUUCAGUGUAGACUCUUCAGACGAUACUGAUCAUACAAUAAACCAAUGAUGCUGAUAUUUACAGCAGCUCCAAUAAACAGUGUCAUUCUCAUUAGAACGGAUGCGUAUUUAUGGUAAAAUUAACGUAAAAAAUAUUUUAUAUUAUAUUUGCUAUAUAAAUAUGAAUACAGUAUAACACAUAAAACGGAUUUAUAUGGAAGAAUCUUAGACCAUAUUCAAUUCACAGUAAACCUGUCAGAAAAUUUAGUUACAGAAGAAAUGGAGUUGAAUAUUUUUGAAAAUAUCAUUUUAACAUGUUUUAUUUUUGAAGAAAUCAAAGAUUUGUUAUGUCACAAUAAAAAUGUUUGCAAAUGAA